AGCGUGCCGGUGUAGCGACGACAUCGAGCGAGCUGAGCGGGAGCGGGAGCGGCGCCACCCGUGGACACAGCGGCCUAUUGCUGCAGCCAGUCGGAGAGGCAAAGGGAAGCAUCCCGCCAUGGAUGAGGAGGCGGAGCUUGAUGUGGAUCGCCGGGAGCAGCGACUUAUCUUCGUUUGUCGCGGUGGAAGGGAGAUACCGGGGAAGGUGUUGAUUUUGCACAUAUUUGACUCUACCAUUGGCCGUGUCCACUUGGGAAGCACCUUGCCAGGAAGCCCAGGAGUUAGGUUGUUCCAUGAAAAGACAAGCGAGUUGUGGUCUGUAGAAGAAGAUUGGUCUAUUAUGCUGAAAGGAGACAGUCUCCAUGGUGAGAAGUCGGCGCGACAAUGCUGGUGCAGCUGCUCCACGAUGGUGGCGGGCAGUUCAAAGAUUAUAGACGAGGAAUACGGGAAACUUCCGGAAGACUUAGAUUACUACUCAAUGAAAAAUCUACCGCUUGAAGCCCGUGAGAAACUUUCCAAGAUAUUCUGUUAAAGGAGAAUCAACCAAGGCUUGGGAAUGUUACAGUGGUACCCGAUGACAACUAGAUUACAAUGCACCGGAUGAUGAGUGACUGAUAAACAUCAAUUUAACGAAAAGGGGGUAACACAUUGUUCUUGCAAGUCAUUAAUUCUCUCCUAUUUCUCUUUGCUUUCACAUUCAAGAUGGAUAAUCGCAUGUACCACUAGGUUGUGUACUAAGUAAAUGCCAGAAAUUUCCACCUUUGUCUCUCUAUUCACCUAUGUGUGAUAGAUUUGUUGAAAUCGGUAAUAUUCACUGCCUUCUCUAUCCAGAAAUUAGUUGGAGAAUAUUUCUUCCGAUACAUACAUAUUUAUUUGUGUUUCCAUCUUAAUAAUAGUUAAUUCAGUAACUUAACUGUAGUAAAAUAUUAAUGUGAUGUGUCUCCCCAAAAGGAAACUUAGUAAUUAGUCACAAUGAUAUAUAGACAUGCAUAUACCUGUGAAUCAUCCAGAUUGCAUACCUUGAGGACUUGUCAUUUUCUUUUGCAGAAUACUUUUGGAGUUUGAGGACAAGCUUACUGAUAUUUAUCCACAGUAGGUUAUUUCAGCACUAGAGUGGUUAUGCCAUUGUUUUUGGCUCAGGAUUUGCAGCUUCUGUCAUCAGGGAGAGAGGAUAGCUGAUAAUUUUGGUAUUCUGUGCUGUUGAAUUAUGGGAGAGCCACCUAAUUGUGGAUGCCAAAUGAAGCGUCUGGAAAAAUUUUCUGCCACACAAUAGAAGGUGAGUACUAAAUGAUUGAUUGAGCGUUAAGUUUUCUAUAUAGUCUUGAAUGAGCAUAUGACCAAAUAAGUGUAAAUUAUAACGUGAUAAUUUUAAUUUCCCCUGUAGUCUCAAUGAGCAUAUGAUCACUUAAGUAUAAAUUAUUAGAUAUCUUCUUUUCCUUUGCAGUAGUAACCCAUGAGUAUUAUUUUAUCUACAACUGGUAAUUCUAAUAGGGGAUUAGGUGUUGAUGCCGUCUUCGUCUCAGGAAAUGCUGGGCCUACUUUUUGAUCAUGAAUAACAAAUAUAAAUAUGUCUUUGCCACUUUACUAGCUUACAUAAUGUUUUCUAUUUCAUAUAACGAUGUUUUGCUUCUGUAAGAAAAACAGGGGUAAAGGGUAGUCAUGUAUUGCGAUUUAGCAAUGCAACAGUAGAGGCUUAAUUCUUCCGGCCUUUGCACUUUAGUUUAAAGCAUUCGGCCUCACAAGCAGGAGACCAACUAUUUCUUCAAGUUCUAAAGUUGUGCGUAUAUAUUACACAAAACACAUAAACGCUUCUUCAGGAACUCCAAAUUGUCGUCAUUUAGGACUGUGGAUGACAACAUGUUGUCGUUUUUUUAUUUAUUAUCUUCCUUUACUCAAUAACUUCAGAAAGAAUAAAAGACACAUGUAGCUGCCAUUUGGGUUUCUUUGUUCAGGGAAAGAAAGACUUCCAUUUAUUUGAGGUAGCACAUUUUAGAAUGCUGCAAGUUGGCAUUUGAGCUUUUUGUGUGUGGUUUGUACCAGUGAUGUAAUGAAGCACCUAUUUCACUUAAUUCUUAGUUGCAUAACACCUUAUGUUUUAUACAAGAAAAUGUAGAUUUUCUCAAGAAAGGGGAUGAACGCAUCGUCUUGAAUUACGUCUGCUGUUCUCUAUUUCUGGAGUAGCAUCAUAUUCUUUUCCUUUCGGCAAGUACUUUGGGUUUGUUAUUACCAAUGUAAACUUUAUGAAUGCUUCAAUUUUUGAUAUCUUUCGAACCAAUAACAAAAGAGGAUGUCGAGACUUUUCUCCUUGGUUUCCUUUCAGUUUUGAGAUAGUUCCAUAGUUCAAUGAUUUUUUGGUUAUACAGAUUUGUGGGUACAUAUUUAACUGAGUUGCAGACUUUAACAUUUGGCUUUAUGCUUUGUUGCAGCAGGAGAUUUAGACGGAAAAGGAUUGGUAGUAGAGGAUGUGCUUUGCUAGGGAAAUUCGUACAUAGUUCUGCAAGUUAUUUUUUCGCCCCUGUGUUCUUCGCAUUGAUUUAAGUUAAUCCUUCUUGCAGUAGUCAUUCUGAUUUGUCUAUUCACACCUAAUCCAUGCACUCUUUGAACUCUAAGUUUUACAGUUGUUCGUGUCUACCAGUGCUUAUUCAAGAUACUAUCUUGCUAGAAAUAAAACUGAGCAUCUGGUAAAAGAAAAAAAAUAUAACAGAGCAGCAACGCAAAAAAGCCUUGGUGAAAGAUCUGUCAUCUUGGGGAUCUCAAUGGAAUAAUAUUGUGUGUGUUUCACGAGUCUGUGAGAACAAUGAUCAAGACAUAAUGUAUAUGUCAUUGCCAUUGACCAACUGGUACUAUUAAUCUUCUCUUCCCUUUAUUUCUCUUUGAUUUUUUGUAUUUUGAGUUAGCAAGUGUGAUUUCUGAAACCUACAGCUGAAUGUCUUCUCUUUGUUUCUACAUUUUGGUGCAUGGAUCAGUAGAAGCUACCUAACAUUUAAAAGUGCAUUGGGAAAGAAACUUAGACUUGCAUCUUUAUGGUCUUCUUGUAUAAGAAACAGUAUGUAUAGCAUAGAUUCAUGUGCUUACUAGGUUGUUUUGAAAUUUUGGAGCUUUUGUAUUACCAAAAAAAUAGAGUUGUGUUAAUUCUUAUCUGAUGGCUUUAAUAAGAAAAUAUACAAAAUAUAAUAGUUUUUACCACUUGCUUUUGCCACUUCGCCCAUCAGGAUGCUCCAUGUUAAGCAGCAACUUGAAUUUUAUACAAAUGCCAACUUUCAUUUCAGCUAGGAGACUAAUUGAUACGGGGCGACCUUCGGUCUCCACCGCAUCAUGUGCGUCAACGCCGACACGUCACGCAAAGGUGAAUCUUCUCCUUUAUGCGUGCCUACAAUUGU